AUGCCCGAGAGAGUCGAAUCGCAACCUGAAAACCCCUACUCAGCUCUCAUCACCGACCAGAGCUAUGUCGUUGUCCCUUCCUUCACCCUGGAAUCCGGCGUGACUCUUCACAAUGUCCCCGUGGCGUACACGACGCGCGGCCAAUUGUCCCCCGAGGCCGACAACGCCUUGGUCAUUUGUCAUGCCUUGAGUGGCAGCGCGGAUGUGGCGGACUGGUGGGGCCCCCUGCUGGGAGGUCCCGGACAGGCCUUUGAUACUUCUCGCUUUUUCGUGAUCUGUUUGAACAGCCUGGGCAGUCCCUACGGAAGUGCGAGUGCCGUGACGUACAAGGAUGGAAAACCCGAAAAUGGACUCUACGGGCCGGAGUUCCCUCUCACGACUGUCCGGGACGAUGUAAAGAUUCACAAAAUUGUCCUGGAUUACUUGGGUAUCCGCCAGAUCGCUGCCGUGGUCGGUGGCUCCAUGGGUGGCAUGCUUACUCUUGAGUAUGCCUUCUUUGGCAAAGGCUACGUGCGGGCGAUUGUGCCCAUCGCGACGUCGCCGCGCCACUCGGCAUGGUGCAUUAGCUGGGGUGAGGCUCAGCGACAGAGCAUCUACAGCGACCCGAAGUACGAGGAUGGCUACUAUUCGCUCGAGGAUCCUCCGAUUACCGGCCUGGGUGCCGCCCGGAUGUCGGCCCUUCUCACCUACCGCAGUCGGAACUCGUUCGAGUCCCGGUUCGGCCGAAAUGUGCCGGAUCCUUCUAAGCGCCAGAACAUCAACGGCACCGUGAGACAACCCAGCCCGCCCAACGAGCACUGGGCCAUCCACAACGAUGGACACAAGAGCGGUCGGACCACUCCGAGUGAAUCCAACACGCCGGCGACCGCGGCGCAACCCACCGAGAUCGAAUUCAUGGACCCGCAGUUCUCGGGCACUAAGACUUUCAGCAAGUCCCUGGACACCAACACCGACGCUAAGCGCCAGAGACGUCCGCCGACCUACUUCUCGGCCCAGUCGUACCUUCGGUACCAGGGUGAGAAGUUCGUCAAGCGAUUUGAUGCGAACUGCUACAUUGCGGUGACCCGCAAGCUCGACACGCAUGACGUGUCUCGACACCGGGCCAGUCCUACGUCGGCGGACCCGGUGAAGGAGGCGCUGUCGCAGAUUCAACAGCCAGUCUUGGUCUUGGGAAUUGAAAGUGACGGACUCUUCACCUUUGAGGAACAGCAGCAGAUUGCCGCAGGCAUUCCCGAUUCGCGCCUCAAGCGAAUUGAGAGUCCCGAAGGCCACGACGCAUUCCUUCUCCAGUUUGAGCAGGUCAACCAUUACAUUCUGGAAUUCUUCCGGGAGGUUCUGCCUGACAUCAUGGCCAAGGCUCCGGCCGACGGGGUGCAAGCGGCGGACCGAGUGAACACGCUAACAAAGAGCAGCACAUUCGGCGAGGCUGAGGUGGAAGACAUCACCGCCUGGUAA